GAGACGGAGGGGAGUAGUUGGGGGUUCUCUUAUAUGCGUUCCCAAGUAUAGUUGACUUAAUGCAAAACCAAAAUCAAAUUCCUAUAGUAAUCAUGGAUUGUAUGAUCAUAAUUCAUUGAGAUUAAAAACAAAAAAACAGAAGUUCUUUGGAUCCGAAAUCAUGUCAUUUCUUGAGAAAACAGCAUUCAAAAUCCUAUUGGUGUUUCAGUUAUGUUAUCUUGGUUAUUCAGAACCAAAAUUUGCUAGCUCCUUUUGUAUAGAAAAUAGUGGUUCAUACACAAAGAACAGUCUUUAUCAAACUAAUCUGGGUUUCGUUUCCUCCAAUCUAACUUCUGCAUCAUCCCUUAAACGCUUCUCGAACUUCACAACUGGUAAAGGCAUUAACAGAGUAUAUGCUCUAUUUUACUGCAGAGGGGAUUUGAAACUGUCAGAUUGUCGCGAAUGUAUGGAAACAGCAACAUCUAGAAUUGUUUUAGAGUGUUCAACCCAGAAAGAAGCCAUUGUUUUCUUUGAAGAAUGCACGUUUCGUUAUGCCAACCGGUCUAUAUUCUCCCUUGAAGAAGAAAAUCCAAAUGACUGGUCUUUUAGUAACACUAAUGUUUCUGACAUUAAUCAGUUCAAUGAUGAACUUAUAGCUGCAAUGAGUGGACCUAUGAAUCAAGCUGCUUUUAAUGGUUCGAAUCGAGGUUUUUCUACUGGAAUUACAACGAACAGUUCUGUAAAUCAGAGUUUGUAUUGUCUUGCACAAUGCACACCAGAUGUUCUUGGCAACCGUUGUCAUCAAUGUCUUGUUGCAGCACUUGGUAAUCUUUUGUAUGAGGGGAAAACGAAGAUGAGUCUUUUUAUGCCUAGUUGUCAGGUUAUGUAUUCUCUUGAUCCUUUCUUCAGUAUUGGAAAUGCAUCAAAUUCUUCGCAACACGAUCCUGCACUCAAUUCCUCCAGAAGAAGUAGUAAAGUGUACAUCAUUGUAGGAGUUGCUGCUAGUUUAGGAUUGUUUUUUAGUCUUUUCAUUCUUUGGUUUUGGUUGCGAAAGAGAGAGGUGAAUAAGGAAUACAAAAAUGCUCAACAAUUUCCAUACAAUGUGCACAGUACAUUUUCAUAUGAAGAGUUAGCUUUGGCAACAGAUAACUUUUCAAAUGCCAAUCUACUUGGUCAAGGUGGUUUUGGAUACGUUUACAAAGGAGUCCUGAUUAAUGGUAAAGUUGUCGCAGUGAAACAGCUGAAAACUGGAAGUGCACAGGGCGAACGCGAGUUUCAGGCAGAGGUCGAAACAAUUAGUCUUGUUCAUCAUAGUCAUUUGGUUUCAUUAGUUGGAUAUUGCAUUUCUGGAGUUCAGAGAUUGCUUGUAUAUGAUUUCAUUUCAAAUAAGACCUUGGAUUUUCAUUUACAUGGAAGAGGAUUAUCACCUAUGAGUUGGGAAUCAAGGUUGAAAAUUGCUAUAGGUGCCGCGAAAGGAUUAGCAUAUCUUCAUGAGGAUUGUAAUCCGAAAAUUAUUCAUAGAGAUAUCAAGACGGAAAAUAUUCUUAUAGAUGAUGAGUUUGAAGCAAAGGUUGCAGACUUUGGACUAGCAAAGUUUUCUUUAGAUACAGAUACUCAUGUAUCUACUCGAGUUAUGGGAACUUUUGGUUAUCUAGCUCCAGAAUAUGCUGCAAGUGGAAAACUUACUGAAAAAUCAGAUGUGUUUUCGUUUGGGGUUGUGCUUCUGCAACUGAUUACAGGACGUAAACCUGUAGAUAGAACUCGCCCUUUCAUGGAUGAUAGUAUUGUAGAAUGGGCUAGACCUUUGUUAACACAGGCUCUAGAAAGUGGAAGAUUCAGUGAUAUUGUUGAUCCAAGAUUAGAAGACUAUAAUCUCUUUGAGAUGGCUCAAAUGAUUGCUUGUGCAGCUGCAUGUGUUCGCGUCUCUGCAAGGCAACGGCCUCAAAUGACUCAGGUAGUACAAGUUCUUGCAGGGAACUUAUCAGCAAAGGAUCUGUUGAAAGAAAACACAGCAGAAGAUAACACAACGUACCAUGAAAGUUCAGAUUACGACUCUAUUAGUGGUCAGGAAAAGGAUGAUUCAAAGAAAUUUGGGAAGGUAGCAGCUAUUCAGAGCUUUACUGAUACUACUAUUACUAUUACUGGUAUGUACAGUGCAAACUCCAGUGAUCUUGCAUCUACACCGAGUACUGAAAGCCAACAAGAAACUUUAUUGAACCUGGAUUAUCUUAAACAGGCGCGGUAAAUUACUAUCAAUGCAAUAUUUUUUACUAUGAAAAUAGGUAAAUAAUUUAGGCGAUACAAAAAAAAAAGCAAAUAUUUAUUCUAUUUAUAAUAAAUUAGAAAUUAAGAUUUGGGUGAUGAUAAAGGUUGCAAGUUGCGACAACUAAAUAUUGUCGCAAUCUUGUGUGUCAGAGUUUAAUUGGUACAUAUAUGCGUCCCGUAGAUUAUGCGUCAUCAGAACAUAUUUACUAUCAAUGUCAUAUUUUUAUUAUGAAAAUAUGUAAAUAAGAUAGUCGAUAUAAAGACAAAUUAGAAUACUAAGAUUUUCCUACUUUUUUUUGGUAACAUGUAUAGUAUGUUAUAUAAGUGAAAUAUUUUAGUUUCCAAUUUAAAUCAUGACAUAAGCAUGUCAUGUCAUCAUUGUGACACGGCUUAAAGGUCGCAUGUUAGGACCUUUAUCAUUUUCGUUAACAUUUUCCUACCUUUUUUGUAACAUGUUUA